AUGUCGGCACCUCUCUUAAAGUUAUAUACUGCAUCAACUCCAAAUGGACACAAAGUGACUAUCUUAUUGGAAUUGUUAGGUCUUGAAUAUGAAUUCCAAAAAGUGGAUAUCUCCAAAAAUGAACUGAAGGAAGAAUGGUUCAUCAAACUUAACCCCAAUGGGAGAAUUCCAACAUUGGUUGAUUCUUCGACAAAUACGACUAUUUCGGAAACUGCUGCAAUUUUACAGUACCUUGUUGACACUUAUGAUAAGGAUAAUAAGUUCUCUUACAAGGUAGGCACCCCAUUGUACUACAAGCAAUUGGAAGUAUUAUACUUCCAAAUGGCAGGUGUAGGUCCAAUGCAAGGUCAAUUGCAUCACUUUAAGUUGUUUGCUAAAGAAAAAAUUCCGUAUGCAAUUGAAAGAUAUGAAAAUGAAACUAAAAGAUUGUAUUCUGUUGUUGAAGAAUACUUAGAGCGUAAUAAGGCUAAUGGACCAUUUUUGGUUGGCAACCAUUUAAGUAUCGCUGACAUUGCCAUUUUUCCUUGGGCAAGAAGAUUGGAGAGAUCUGCCAUUGAUAUUAAGACAUGGCCAUUGACUGCCAAAUGGUUUGAUGAGAUCAAUAGCUUAUCUGAAGUCCAAGUAGGAUUGAGCAAGCCAGAGCCAAACUAG